CACGUCGUGUUACAAGACGCAUUGAAGUGGCGGAUAGAUCAGUUUGUCAGCAUUGACAAUUAACAACAAUACUAACUUCUCCGGAACGCUUGCAUACGGAAUACACUCAACCAAGACCUGUUGGAAAAGUGUAGAGCUUGUGGUUCAGAGCACAGGAAGACCCAGUGGUCUUAUCAACAUCAAAAAUUACAACAACAAAGCUUUGUGUCUAACAGAGUGUAGAUUAGAAUUGUCGGAACUCAAUACUUGGGUAGAAUUUUUUGAUACUUCAUUGAUUUCUUCAGUUGAAACAAAAAUAGUCCGUUUCUGAAAACAUCCAGCGAAGAAUUUUUACAAUACAAAACACUAGUCAACAAUUUUUUCGGAUUUUUACAUCGGGAUCCCAAGAUCUUAUUAUCGACGACUGCAGAAACAGUAGUAGCGGAAACAACAACGAUCCCCAGACAACAUAACUGCAGCAAUGACAAAAAAGACUCAGUUUGCCUUCGCGGCUCAGGCGCAAAAUGUGAUCGGGGGACGCGGAAGAAAGAACAAGGGGGGAGGAAAUCGCAACGGUCACCGUAGAACAUACAGCGAGGAUACUGACAACACGGAUGGAGCCGGUUCCCUGACGUAUUCGGCGACCUCUUCGGUUCAGUCCGGAGGCUCGGCUGCCGGGGAGUCGACCGACAGCAGUUUUGCCGAUAUCAUGAGAGUCUUGGACUUGCAGGACGAAAAACAGCUGAAGGAAUUUAUCAAAAAGGAAGGAUAUAGUUCGGUAGAUGAGCUGCAAAAGAAACGUGGCUGGGCGACAUCAGGAACUUCCGUUACCUCUUCUCUGGCUUAUUCAACCGACGGAGAAUCGGCUCUAGAAGGGACAAAGCUCCUGCAAACAAUUGCAGGGUAAGUUGACUGAAUCGUGUAUGCAUUCUUCUGGAUUGAGACUUGUGAACUUUCUCGUCGAAAUCCGGCUGUGAUUUUGAUCUCACAAUGAGGCACAUGUUGCUUUUUCUUUCCUCUCUUCGCAGCCAACCUAGCGACAGCUUCGGUUUCGACGGUGGAAGCACUAUUGAAGAUGAAAAUCUAAAUCUUCUCUUUGCCCCUGCAGCUCCAGCUAUUGUGAAAAAGACCAAGGGAAACAAGGUCGUUCUAGGAAAGGACAAGGCGGCGAAACGAAACAGCACCAACACUCAGAGCAGAAGCAGCAACAACAGUGUCGGCAACAGAAGUUACGGAACACCGGAGCAGAAGGAUCGUCGCAACUACUCUCAUUCUCCCACUUCGUCAACGAAAUCGACCCCUGUUAAGUCGCCACCCUCGGAUCCCGGAACACCUCCCCUUCCAACUAAGAAAUAUUUUACAAAAGAUGGCAUGAUAAUGGAGGAAGACGACGACGUCUGGUACAAGGAAUGGUGGAUGUCGUGCUUCCCGGAUGCAUUUAAGAAUCUCAUGCCGAAGCGCUAACAUAACUUACAAACAGAGAUCAAGGGGCAGAGAUAUUUGUGUGCGUGCGUUUGUAGCUGUGCGGAAUUUUUCAUUUCUCCUGGCUGCGCAUCGGUACGCUGUUGUGCACGAGUUCCAUUCACAAGACAUUGGUCAGAGCAAUAAUUUUGGUUUUUCGUUUGUAAAUUGCCAAUUUGCUCGUCCGAAACCGAACAACUUGUACACGCUCUAUUCAAAUAGGCACAGACACUAAAAGGAUUUAAUAAUUUCAUGUAUUAUAAUUUAACGAUAAGAGAAUAAUAUUCUUACUGUUUGCGAGGAUCAGAAAAAGAUCAGCGAUCAAGCGGAUGUUGCUGCAUCAUUCGUUUAGUAACGAUGGAAAUUCUCGUACCGUACGAUCAGUCACAACUUUAUCAUCAAAAUUUUGCUACAAUUCCGAUUGAUAUGAAGCGAUUCGAGAACAAAGCAAAGUCCAACAAGAAACACUUGGGAGUAUUUCGAUACGGCGAUACUAAUAAUCACAAUCAACUAGUUUCUUAUCGUACAAGAAUAUAUACAUCAAUGUGAUAUUGUUGUAAUAAUAGACUCGAGCUUCUAUUUGUGCUCGUCCAGCACAUCGCAAACAUCGCGUCAUCACCUGUCCAUCGCAGCAUCUCGUUCUAAAACUUCCGGUGCAAAUUUCACCAAAAAGACAGCCUUGUCCUUUCGAGGAGGCAACGAGCUGUUCAAAUUGCUGCGCUCCCCUUCUUCCAAUGCUACACUGUGGGCUGUCACCCGUGCUGAGAACCCCGCUCCCGUCAAGACCCCCGCC